UGUGAUUGUGCAAGACAGAGGAUUAUAAGCGGUGAUGAAUAGAGUAAAAAGAAGGGUGAGGAAACAAGGAAAGGCGACCGCGGGCCCAAACUCUCAAGCAUUCAAAUCAGACACACGCGCUUCUUUCAUAUAUAUUGUCUGUUACUUACGUGGACGAUGACUCGCCACGUGUCGGAAGAAGAGUGGUUCAAUCAUUUCGCCCAAAAUCAAAUUAAUAUCUCCCCUUCCUUAACUCCCCCAAUCCUAAUAUAUAACCCACAAACCCAACCAACAGUUGGUCACCUCCAAACUUUUUCUUAUUCCCAAAAUCUCACAACCAAUAAAAAAGAAAAAAAAUGUCAGCUGAAAACGGAAACCACUCGUCGUCGGAAUCAGACUCCGUCGAGCUCAAUUUUGAAGAGACGAAAUUGACCUUAGGGUUGCCGGGUGAGACACGUGGCACCAAACGUGUAUUCUCCAAGACCAUUGAUCUUAAUCUUGAGGAUGAUGAUGGAGUUGUUGUGGAUGAAUCGAGCUCUGUAUCAAAACCUCCGCCAUCAAAGGCACAAGUGGUGGGGUGGCCGCCGGUGAGAGGGGCGAGAAUGAACGUUAUGAAGAAGUGUAAAUUGGUAAAGGUGGGGUUAGAUGGAGCUCCAUUUCUAAGAAAAGUGGAUCUUCAGAUGUACCAAAGCUAUCACCACCUUUUAAUUGCUCUUCAGGGCAUGUUUUCCAGCUGCUUAACCAUCCGUAAUUAUGUGAAUGAAAGAAAGCUUAUGGACCCAGUAAAUGGAAUGGAAUAUGUACCUACUUACGAGGACAAAGAUGGUGAUUGGAUGCUUGUUGGAGAUGUUCCAUGGAAGAUGUUUGUUGACUCAUGCAAGCGACUAAGAUUGAUGAAAAGCUCAGAAGCAAUUGGACUAAGCUCCAAAGAGCUCGACCUCCAAAAUUUAGAAGGCCGGAGUUGAAUUGAUAUAUUAUAUAUAAAAACAAAAUGAUCGAGCUACAUCACAAUCACAUGAUGAUCAUGUACAGAGGCGGCUUUUGUUUUUAUGGUUUUUCAUUAAUACCAAAUAUAUUAAAUAUAUAUAUAAAUACCACUCAAUCUAUUGGUUGGGUGGGAGGAGAGUUUUGUUUAUUGUUAAUUAGGACAAAAUAAAUAAGAGAAGCUUUGUGUAAUUGUUGUUUGUCCCCAUUAAUGAUCAUGAAUCAUGAUCAAUUAAUGGAUUUAUUAACCCACUUUGUUAUUUUAUUCGUUGUUUGACAUGAAUUGAAAUUGUACUGUAAUACUUGGAGACAGAUUAUACUCAACAAGAUAUACAUGGAACAAGAAUUUCUUUUUUCUUUUUUA